AUGAGGACGUCACGUGUGUCGCGGGAAACGGCUAAAAUGGUCCAAGCAUUGUCGCCUCCGAGACGCAGAACACGCAGCUCUCUGGCUGCAUCUUCCUUGCGCGAUUUCUCGUAUUCCGAGAAUCAAGCAGCUCCAGAGCUGAGCGAUGAUUCUUCCCUUUCAUCUGUAAAAACAGAAGAUAUUGAAGAUCUAUUAGAACGUCCUGCAAAAAGACGCAGACGCAAUGUGGAUACUCCGUCUACAACUAUCAGCACAGUCUCCACCAGCAGACUGGUUAAGCAAGAAGUCACUAUCAAAGCCGAAACCCAAAUCACUACGCCCCGUAGUGCCAGCUCUAAACAGCGACGACAACCAGCAAAGAGAAUCAAACGAGAAGAUGGCUCUAUCGAAAUGCAGCCGCCCUCGAAUUGGGAAACGAUGUAUAACAUCGUUAAGAAAAUGAGAGCGGAAAAUCCUACUGCGCCUGUAGAUACCAUGGGUUGCGCAGAACUUCACUGGCGCUCAUCACCACCUAAAGAUCAACGAUUCCAAACUCUUGUCGCGCUCAUGUUGUCUUCUCAAACGAAAGAUACAGUGACCGCCGUUGCUAUGCAGCGAUUACAUACAGAACUUGCGCAGGGCGGAGGGUCAACAAACGAAACAAAACCAUUAAUCAAAAAGGAAGAAGACGAUGACGACAAAGAUGGCAUCAAAUUCAACCACGAAAAGAAAGAUAGCACUCUGACAGUACAAAAUAUGCUCGCAGUCUCACCAGAACGACUAAACGAACUAAUCCGUACCGUCGGCUUCCACAACAACAAAACAAAAUACAUCAAACAGGUGGCCAACAUUCUACGCGAUCAAUACAACUCCGAUAUCCCCUCCACACCCGUGGAAUUAAUGGCUCUACCGGGCGUGGGUCCCAAAAUGGCCUAUCUUUGCAUGAGUGCUGCAUGGGGUAAACACGAAGGUAUUGGUGUGGACGUUCAUGUCCAUCGCAUCACAAAUUUGUGGGGAUGGCAUACUACCAAAACCCCCGAGGAAACUCGUAUUGCUCUACAGUCGUGGCUUCCUAGGGACAAAUGGCAUGAAAUCAAUAAGUUGUUGGUGGGAUUGGGACAGACGGUUUGUCUUCCUGUUGGGAGGAGAUGUGGUGAAUGUGAGCUUGCAGGUACGGGGCUGUGCAAGAGUGAGGUUAAAGGGUUGGCGGUUAAGAUGAAGAGGGAGGUGAGGGAGGAGGUCGAGGUGAAAGAGGAGGGCAAGGUGAAAGAAAAGGCCAAGGUGAAGGAGGAGGCUAAGGUAUCCUAUCGUGAUGACCUAUUCAGGCCGGAGACUGCCAUCCUCGCCAAAUCCGUAACUCCCAGUUGA